AUGUCUGCUGCGCCCAACUCUCGUUCCCCGUCACCAGCGCCAGCUCCACCUGUCCAACAAACUCCAGGUCCACGCGCUGCUGCCCUGCAGAAGCUGUACUCGGAUGCCAUCUCACACACCCUCCGUACGUGCAGCUACUCCAACUUCGCUUCAUCCUUUCCGACUCCGGCCAGCCAUGCUCCCGAUGCCAUGAAGCAACUACACGCCGACUUUGUCGACAAGCUGCACCGCUCCUGCACCACAAACUUCGACCACAUCCUACGCGACCGUCACCUUGUCGAGUCGCUUAACGAGCUGGAUCGCUUGGUUGACGACGCAAGAAGAAGAAAGACUGCGGCCGAACACGCGACAGCUGGACAGCCAGUACAACCUCCUCUGCCUCCUCACACCCUGCCCGCCGAGUCGUUGUAUCUUUCGCAUCUCUCGCCGCUACUAUCCGAGCAACAGGCUACUCUGUCGUCAAGGUUGCAUGCUGCUCAAUCCGAGAAUGCCAACCUCGUCGAUACAGUGCUGCAACAGCGACGAGAAAUUGAGCGUCUGGUAUCGCAGCUAGAGACGACGAUUGCUGACAUCGAUGCUGCUACCGAAGCUCUGCCCGACAUGGAUGCUCUGGCAGAGGAAGCCGUCGCUCUGGACAUUGACCUGAGAACUGCCGGUUGA